CGCGCCUCGGGGGAGUGGGAGGCGCAGGGGGUGACGUGUAUGUGGAGGGGAAGGAUGUGUCUGCCGCGCCUCGGGGGAGUGGGAGGCGCAGGGGGUGACGUGUAUGUGGAGGGGAAGGAAGCCACAGUCUGCUGAAGCUGUGCAAGGCUCAGCCAGACCAGCGGUGGGUUGGGGCAGCUGGCAUGGACAGUUACAAGUAUCGGAUCUGUGGGGAGGCUGGCGCUGAGCUGAUCAUUCCUGUCCCUACAGGCACCACCGUCUGGCUCGAGCAGCACCAGAAAUUGUUGGGUGAGAUAAACUGUGCAGGAGACAAGGUGUUGGUGGCUUGAGGUGGGCAGAGCAGCAACCCCAGCAACCAGUACAAUGGGCAGAAGGGACAGGGACACAUUGUGAAGCUGAAACUGAAGCUGUUGGCUGAUGUGGGUCUGGUGGGCUUCUCUAACGCUGGCAACAGCAUUAGGGAAGCCUGAGGAACAGUGGUGUUCCUCAGGGUUCUGUCCUGUCACCCACUCUUCUUAUUAUUCAUUAAUGAUCUUCUAAACCAAACUUCUUGUCCUAUCCACUCCUACGCUGAUGAUACCACCCUGCACUUUUCCACAUUUUUUCAUAGACGUCCAACCCUUCAGGAGGUAAACAUUUCACGCAGGGAAGCCACAGAACGCCUGACUUCUGAUCUUUCUAAAAUUUCUGAUUGGGGCAGAGCAAACUUGGUAUUGUUCAAUGCCUCAAAAACUCAAUUCCUCCAUCUUUCAACUCGACAUAACCUUCCAGACAACUAUCCCCUUUUCUUCAGUGACACUCAAUUGCCCCCCUCUUCUACACUGAACAUCCUCGGUCUGUCCUUUACUUAUAAUCUGAACUGGAAACUUCACAUCUCAUCUCUAGCUAAAACAGCCUCUAUGAAGUUAGGUAUUCUGAGACGUCUCCGCCAGUUUUUCUCAUCCCUCAGCUGCUAACUCUGUACAAGGGCCUUAUCUGUCCAUGUAUGGGGUAUGCUUCACAUGUCCGGGGGGUUCCACUCAUACUGCUCUUCUAGACAGGGUGGAAUCAAAAGCUUUUCAUCUCAUCAACUCCUCUCCUCUAACUGACUGUCUUCAGCCUCUCUCUCACCGCCACAAUGUUGCAUAUCUAGCUGUCUUCUACUGCUAUUUUCAUGCUAACUGCUCUUCUGAUCUUGCUAACUGUAUGCCUCCCUUCCUCCCACAGCCUCGCUGCACAAGACUUUCUUCUUUCUCUCACCCCUGUUCUGUCCACCUCUCUAAUGCAAGAGUUAACCAGUAUUCUCAAUCAUUCGUCCCUUUCUCUGGUAAACUCUGGAACUCCCUGCCUGCUUCUGUAUUUCCACCUUCCUAUGACUUGAAUUCCUUCAAGAGGGAGGUUUCAAGACACUUAUUCAUCAAUUUUUGACUACUGCUUUGAUCCUUUUAUGGGACUGGCAUUUCAGUGGCCAUUUUUUUUUAUUGGAUUUUUGUUGCCCUUGGCCAGUGUCCCUCCUACAUUAAAAAAAAAAAAAAAGUCCACACUGCUGUGGGCCAUCUCCAGCGCCAGACCCAAGGUGGCCAGCUACCCCUCCGACCCUGGGUGUGGUGAAGUACAGUGACAUGCGGCGGCUGACCAUCGCUGAUCUGCAGGGACUCAUCGAGGGUGCCUACUCCAACAUGGGGAUGGGGCACCGCUUCCUGUGCCACGUGGAGUGGACACACUUCCUCCUCUUUGUGGUAGACAUCAACAGCUUCCGGCUGUCACCCAAACACCCAUACUGUUCACCCACCGAGAAUGUCAUGCUGGUCAACAGGGAGUUGGAGCUGUAUUCACCUGACCUGCUGAGUAAGCCAGCACUCCUUGUGGUGAAUAAGAUGGACUCCCCCAAUGCUGAGUCUUGCCUGCAGGAACUCCUUCACAACUUUAAGAGGAUGGAGGAUGAGUACAUGGGAACAUAAGAAUACAAGGGAAGCUGCAAGAAUCUGUCAACCCACAAUUGGCAUUUCCUGUUAGAAAUGCCUUCUGAUUUCUACCUAUCAUCCUCAUACCUAAAUUUAUUUGGUCUUCUUUUAAAAGCUCCAUAUUGACAGGACAUUAACAGCCAUAAGAAAAUAGGGGAAGCUGCAGGCAGCCAUCAGUCCUUAACAUGACAAUCCCUGUAUGAAACAUGCCUGCCUAUUUCCACCCAUCUCCCCCAUCCACAAGUUUGUUUAGUUUUCUUUUAAAGCUUCCUAACGACUCAGCACUAACAACCAGAUUACUGAGUCUAUUCUAUUCAUCAACCACUAUAUUUGAAAACUUUUUCCUUUGUAUCUCAUUUAAAGCUAGCUUUAUCAAGCUUGAACCCACUAUUUCUUGUCCUAUCCUGAUCACUGAACCUAAGGAUUUUGCUCAUGUCAUCCUUGUUAUAUCCCCUAAGUAAAGACCUGAGGGAGGAAGAGAGUAGAGACAUCUUUUAUCAUUAUCUUUUCAUCUCGUUUACUCCUUCAUUCCUGUUGGUUUAAUAUUCUGUGUUUGAAGCACCAAGCCAACUGAUUAUGUGGGACUGAGAUUGUUAUAGUUAUUUUAUACUAUAUUAGGUGAAUACCCUCUCCAUUAGGGGCUGAUAGGACUAAGAGUGUGAAUGAUGUGUGUAUGAGUGGAUGGUGCUUUGUCUGGGCCACCCUGUGUGGGAUUGCCAACCUGGUAUAUGGACAGAUGGACAGAUAGAUACAUGGGUCAAUAAUUUGGAGCUUGGAUAUGAAGAAAAUGUAAAACUAGUGGAGACGUUUCAAAGGACACAGGAAAAAAAGCUGCAGUGUUUUAGCCAUGUGAAGAGAAGGAAAGAGUCAUAUGUCAGGAGAAGUGUGAUGGAGAUAGAGGUGCAAGGCAGGAGAGCAAGAGGAAAACUAAACCUUAUAUGGAUAGACUGUGUAAGGGAGGACUUGAGACAGAAACAAUUGUCAAAGGAAAAUAUAUAUGACUAUGCUUGGAGGAGAGCUGGCAAGAACAAUGACUCUAUAGAGACUAGGGAAAAGAUAUCAAGAAGAAGAAAUUAUGGAGGUGUAAGAAUUAAUAAGGGAAUUAUCGAGGUGUUUGGGCUGUGGGAGGCUGUGGAAGACAGUGCCUGAAAGUCACCAAAUUCAGGGUAAACCUUCCACCAUGGUCCAGGAAGUCAUCAGCCAGUAGAGAUGAGUCCAGAGCCUGACAUACCACCACCUAGUAGGAGGGAAUGUAUUUAUAAAUUUCUUGAAUAGAGUAUAGUUGUCUUACAGGGUUAAAUGUCUUGUAGGGAUUUAAAUCCUGCUAUAUUUACAGUCAGUGCAGGCUGAGGUGAUCUGGAAGUCACACCCUGAGCCUCUUUCCCUUCUAAUGUGGCUGCUGACUGGUGCUCUCAUAAUGUUCUUGACACUUCCUCAAAUAUAUUUAAGAUAUUUUCUAUCACCAUAUUAAUUAAACUUUCCCCAAACAGUUUUUUUUUUUUUCAUAUCAACAGGAAAACGGAGUAUUAAACCUUCUGGAAACAAAAAUGUGUCAGCAAUAAUUCAAGUCAAGGAUAACAUUGAAAAUGAAACAUAAUAUUGAAAAUGAAAACUGGAAUCAUGACGCCUCUAGUGGUUGAGUCGUCCCAGUAGUAGUGCAGUGACUCUCCUUCACUAGGAAUUACUAAAGACUAGUGUUUCUUAUUGUUACUGAAAAAGGACAGAAUAUAUUUUCUAUCUUAGUUUAAGUAAAUUAAAUAGAUGAAAGAAUUUUUGCCUUUGUCUUUUCACGAAAUAAGCCUCACUGGCUUUUGAAGUGAGAGUAAUGAGCUCAUUAUAUUUAGUGAAGCAUUCUCCAAAGUAAAGUCCUCUCUUUUGUAAAGAAUUUCCUGUAUGUAUGGAAUGAUAUCACAGCCUGUGUAACACAUUCAUUACCUGGUCAACCUACUGUGGGAGGGAACAUUGCUACCAUUCCAGUAUUUUGUAAAGCGUGUUCAUGUUCAUCUUUGAUUCCUGCUCUUACAUGUGAAUCUUUCCUGUAAAUUGAAAAUGUUUUUAAUGCCUUUCUGCACUAAGUGACGUUUCACAUGAAGACAUUUUGAUGCAUGCAUUCUGUUCAUAAGAGGGUCUCAAGUGACAGUCAUAGUAAUAAUCACUGGACUGAUGACUGACGUCUGGGAAUGUCAAAAUGGUGACUAAGGAUGUCAGACUAUUGACUGGAGACUGGUGACUAAGAAUUUCAGAGUAGACUGGUGACUUAGGAUGUCAUUUAGGAUAGUGAGUAAUGAUGAGGAUCUUGAUUGAUGAGUGGUGACUGAGGAGUGUGACUGGUGACUGGUGAUUGAAGGUGUGUCAUGGGUGACUUUAUGUAUUUGACUGGUAAAAUAGAAUGUCUCUUAGGAUAAUGAGUACUGACCAUGAUUUUUGACUGGUGAGUGGUGGUGUUCCUGGGUGGUGCUAACAAGUGCUGUUCCUCACAGACUAUGUGUUGUGUUGCUCCUGUGGUGCCAAACUCACAGAGAACUCAUGGGAUAACUUUGUAAACAUCUCCAUUCCACUGUCUGAGGCAUCCCAGCUGGUGACCAUCCUGGGACACCCCCACCUCAUGGUUCAGACCCUCAGGAACCCUGCUGACCUUGCUUUUGACUUGGUGACUGUCAGGAGUGGGCUGCUCAGGAGUGGGAGAGGAUAUUUGAACCAGAAACCAAAGCCAGCACAACACACUUCAAAGCUUCCUUGGAGGGUUUCUAUGGACUCAUUCUAGAGAAACUGGUCACUGAGAAAUUUUCAGACUCCUCAUUGGCCUUCCCAAGCACCAGCAGUUUUAGCACAAUGGCACAAGACGGGUAGGACAUGGUGCCUCUCGACCUCGAGCUUCUGGCUGAGCUGGAGGAGGAAGCAACCUCUCACUAUACUGAGGAGGAUAACCAGUUUACAGAGCACUGCAAGAAGAGCCUGCCUAAGCCGCCAAUACUCCCUGCUGACAGAUUUGACCGCAACAGACAGUGCAGAGGCAACUUUAGGCAUCAAGACUACAGGAAGGAAGGAGGCUGCAGGGAUCAAGGGGAGUACAGAGGUCAUGGGAAUUAUAGGGAUUGUGGGAAUUACAGGGAUCACAGGAGGGAAUAUUCUGACCACAGGCAAGGGAGGUUUGUCAGUGACCACAGAGAUCAUGAUGACAGCAGAAGGGAUAGCGAGAAGAGGAAGUACAGGUCUGAGAAGGAGAGUGAUGAGUAUGGAAGAAGGAAUUACCAGUCCAGCAAAUACUACAAUGGGUAGGGGGGGGGUGUCAUCCUGUUGAGUUUUGUGAAUCCAGUGGCUGGUAUAUUUAUCUUUCAUCAGGGACUUCACACAAGCUUCCACGCCAUUAAUUCUUUGACCAUUACCAAAGGUUACUGACAUUUAAUUUACAUUUAAAUGCCUGCCUGCCUGUCUGUUCAUAUCUUUCUCUCACAACGUACUCACCAUUCACUUGUGAACAUUUAGAUUUUUAGGAAAUAUUUUUGAGCAAGUUCCUUCAUCACAAGGCAACCAUCUACUAAAAAGAAAGAAAAAUGGAAUAUAUGUUGGCAUUUCCUUGAUUGCUUUUGGUGUUAGUGUGUGACUUUCCAGAGUGACAAUACAAGUGUUAUCCCCACUACAAGUCAUGCACUAUAUAUAACAUCACUGAGUAUCUUUUCUCUCAUUUUCAUAUAAAUGUUUGUAACAUUUUCAUAUAAAUGUAUGCUAACUUUUAUGUGGACUUACUGUAAGAUUUUUUAAAAGUAAAGUAUUUUUCCAA